CAGCCACCUACAUCUGCACUACCAACACGUCAACAAACACCGGCCACUCUCUCUUUGCGUUCACACGUUCGCGGCCUCUCGUAUUGUCACGAAUCCUCACCUGCGCGGUACUCACACGUCCUUUCGAUGCGAUAACCGAUCCUUAGCGCCUGACGUCGGCUCACUGAAGCCUCCCCUUCCGACUUCCAACGCUCCCGUAUCCUCCCUUACACCGCUCACAGGGGCCGAUAUGGGCCUCAUCAAGAAGAAGACAGCCAUCCGAGGCUCCGAAGGCGGCGUCAAGUACGUCUGCGACGUGUGCAGCGUCGACAUCACGGCCACGGUCCGGAUCAACUGCGACGUGUGCGCCGACUACGACCUGUGCGUGCAGUGCUUCGCCGACGGCAAAUGCUCUCGCGACCAUGAUCCCGCCACACAUUCGUACCGCGUCAUCGAGCAGCACUCCAUACCCAUCUACUGCGAAGAUUGGGGUGCGGAUGAGGAACUGCUGUUGCUCGAGGGCGCUGAGACAUAUGGUCUGGGCUCGUGGGCUGACAUAGCCGACCACAUUGGCGGUUGCCGGACAAAAGACGAAGUACGCGAUCACUACAUCUCAACGUACAUAGAGAGCUCCAAAUUCCCGUUGCCCGAACACGCCAGCCCUUCAGACAGGACAUUUGAACACAUUUCGCGUGAGGAAUUCCAGACCCGGAAGAAGCGGCGCAUCGAAGAGCGCAAGGAGGCGAUCAAGAAUGCGCCCCCUGCGCAACCCAAGCAGAAGCCAACGGCGUCAGUGCCUUCCUGCCAUGAAGUGCAGGGCUUCAUGCCGGGCCGUCUGGAAUUUGAGACAGAGUACUUCAACGAGGCCGAGGAGGCCGUUCAGCACAUGCAGUUCGACCCAGGUGAUGGCGUUUUACCGCUUACCCCCGAACAGCAGCAAGAGUUUGACCUGAAGAUGGUUAUCAUGGGCAUCUACAACGAGCGACUAACACAACGCAUCGAACGCAAGAAGAUCAUCUUCGAACACAAACUGCUCGAUUACAAAGCCAACCAAGCCAAAGAGAAAAAGCGCACGAAGGAAGAGAAGGAUCUGAUCAACCGCGCCAAACCCUUCGCUCGCAUGAUGCGUCACGAAGACUAUGAGACCUUCUGCCAGGGUUUAGAGUACGAACACCAACUGCGCACCGCCAUUGCGCAGCUGCAAGAAUGGCGCCAGAUGCAAAUCACCGAAUUGAAGGAGGGUCUGAAGUACGAAGCGGAGAAGCAGACUCGUGCGACUCGGGCUCCCUUGGGCGCAUUUGAUCGCCUGCAGUCGCGCAGUCUUGGCAAGCCCACGCCUCCUGUUGAGGCACCGAAUGGAGCUACGAACCUUGUUUCGCCAGACUUACAGUUAAAACCUUUCUCGUCUGGCCUCAACACCCCUCCUGCCAGUGACGAUGGAUCUCAGCAGCACGCGCUCGCAAACGGGAACACAAACGGUGCGCUUACUCCACAGUCAGCCCCAAAGCCGAAGUUUUCUCCCGGCUCCAUACCUGGUAUUGUGCCGCGCAAGCUGGAUGGUGACGCAGAUGCUCAUCUGCUGACUCAGGAAGAGAAGGAUCUAUGCAAAGCGCUUCGAUUGCAGCCGAAGCCGUAUGUGAUGAUUAAAGAGGCCGUACUGAAGGAAAGCUUGGAGCACGGUGGCGCUCUGAAACGUAAGAACGUCAAGGAGCUCUCCAAGCUGGAGAACGCGAAGGCGAACAAGCUCUUCGACUGGUUCGUACAGAGCGGCUUGAUUGCCAAGGCGUAAUGAAAUGGAAUUUGCUGGCUAUCAGGCGUCUUUGGGAACCAGAAUUGAAAGGAAUGGGAUUCGCAUAUAUGCAUUCAUGAGAUGGGUCAUUGGGAAUUGGCGGGGCCUUUGGUAGCAUGGCGUUUUUUUGUUCCCAUGGAUGGGGAACGGGAGAUGGGUCAUCCUUAUUUUUUUUUCUCUCUCAUCUCCCACUCUGCUAGCUUUUGCUGGCCUGUAGGCCAGAGAGGCGAGCUAGGAGCUGUACACAGUCCAAGAACUAAGUGCUUGGCUUUGAUACCCAGGGUUCUCUCCUCUCACGUCUCGAUCUAUCGAGUGAGAGAAUUGGCCCUUCUCAAUGGAAAGACUUUCGGAGAAAAAAAAAAAAUUCUAGGUUGUUUGCUACUAUGAUGCCAGUCUAUCG